GAAUUUAAAGUAAACAAGCACUAAUCAGUAAACACUGAACUUGCAAUAUUUUAGAAUAAUUCUAGUCAUCGUAACGUUUUUAAUUAUCAUUUAUCACUUUUUUAUGUUUGCCGUAAUAAAAAUAUCAACAAUCAAAAAAUUUAAGUCCAAAUCGUUUAAUUGAUAUUUUAAAGGCGUGAUUCAAUGUAGAAAGCCUUCCAGACUCCAGUAUAUGUUAACCUGACAACAAAUGUUCUAAUAUACCAACCAAAAUAAUUUUUUGCAUGCAUUCCUACUAAUGAGCAUAAAUUUUUACUGAAUUGCAAUGGAAGUACGAAGUACUGAGCUAAAAUGUUCCUUGUGUAAAUACGAAGUAAAUGAUUAUUGUCCAGAGUUUAUUGAGCAAUUGAAGACAAACUAUGGCCACUUAAAAGAUUUUCAAUUAUUUUAUAAUAACUUUAAAAAAGAUCCAGAUUCAGUUUGUGACCUGUGUCCAACAUGUAGAAUUAACACAUGGCGUAAUAAAUAUACAAAUUGUCCUCAAGUGAAACCACAUGCCCGGACCACAAACACUCCAAGAAAAUGCUGGUCUAACAUCAUCCUGUUCAUUAUAAUGCUUUUAGCAUUUGUGCUUGGGUUAUAUUUGCAUACGGACUCUUCUAACACUGAAUACUUUACCGUUUUAAGUGCAGUUCAAUUAAAGUCCACAAUGGAAUUAAUUGAGAAUCAAUUACCACCGUCAAAGCAGCAGCAGAGCAUAUUAAAAAAACUAAAUGGUGCUUUUUCGCGGCUUCAAAAGCCAGGUGAACCGAUUAUUUUCAUGCUACUGCAUGAUGAUGCAAACAAAAAGACUACUGACUGCUUAGCUUCGUAUGCAAGCAUUUCGGCCAAACAAUAUAUAUUCACUAACUCCUCAAAAAGCUUGUGGAUUGACGGGUCAGAAUGGAGUAGUUAUACGGACGUAAAUCAAGAACACUUGCUGUACGAAAAGUUGACUACGUCACUUGAGAUAAACGAAGUACUGGUGUUGGAAAACUUGCAAGAUUUACCGUGGUCGUUGGCCAGGACGCUGCACCAUCUAUGUGACACUGAAAAUCCAAAAUUUGCAAAAGCCAUGUACAUGCUGGAACUUAGGGUAAUGGAUAAUCUGAAACAACUGUCUGAUGGUGAAAAAAUAGUAGUGGCUGAGCGGGCCAUGAACACGGUAUGGCAAAACGCGCCAAACGAGUACAGAUCGGCUCUGAUUUCCCGACUCACAUCCUAUGUGGACAUAGUACUGUGGGAAUCAGACCAGCCAUGUAAUAGAGAAUCUUUCAUCAGGAUAUCGCCCUGAACACAAUAUCUUCAGCAAAAUCCAUGAUAUGCUGACAAAUGAUCCACUUUUCCGCUGUGCUCUUAUAAUAUUAUUACAUUUUAACUGCAGAUUUUAUGUAUAUCUACCCGGGGAGACAGAUGCAGUUAUGUUUUUUAUUCUAUAUUAUAUAUAUUUAUCACCAUAAUGCUCAUUUAUAAUAAUAAUAUAUAUUAUGUAUUACUUUAA